GUUUCGAUUUACGUCGCGUAUUUCGAGAACAUAACAUGCCGUAAGUACGAGGACUGCCUGUACAAUUCUUUUUCUUUACUAUUCCGCUUCCUUACCUUGGUCUGUGUCAAAAAGUAAUAGUAUUCUGUUGUGGCAUACGCUCUGCAUGAACUGUGGUCUGUGAUUUGUGAAGCUAAGCUAUUUAUAUAAAAAAACCAUCUUGCUUAAGUAGCAGCUUAAUAUGAGCCUAAUAAUUAAUUGUGGAAACUAAAACAAAAAUUUUGUUUAUAAAAUCAAAUAAACUGUUUAAAAAAUUUAAAAUCAUAUCAUCCAACCCAAGUAUUUUAUUUUUAAAUAUAUAACAUUAUUUAACCAACUAAAUAAAAUGUCCAAGAGUAUAGAUUAUGAUAAAUCUUUAGAAUACUGGGCUGAAAUCCCACCUACAGUUGAUGGAGUACUUGGUGGUUUUGGAUAUAUAUCAAACGUGGAUAUAAUUGGCUCUACGCAAUUCCUUAAUAAUCUAUUCUCACAAGAAAAUGGUCCUGGAAGACAAAUCGCACUCGAUUGUGGUGCUGGUAUUGGUAGAAUUACAAAACAUUUGUUAGCUCCUCAUUUUAACGAAGUAGAUGUCAUUGAACCAGAUAAAAAGUUUCUAACCGAACUAUUAAAUUAUGUAGGAGAAGAUAGUAAGAAAGUAGGAACUUUAUAUCACAGUAGCUUGCAAAAUUUUCAGCCAGAAAGAAAGUAUGAUGUUAUUUGGAAUCAAUGGGUCUUAGGUUAUUUAAAAGACGAAGAUUUAGUAUCUUACCUUAUUACUUGUAGAAAAUCUUUGACAAAAAAUGGAGUAAUCAUUGUUAAAGAAAAUGUAACAUCAUCAGGAUUUACAGAACCGGAUGAAGCAGACUCAUCAAUAACAAGAUGCUUAAAGCAAUAUAUCACAAUAUUUAAAAAAGCAAAUUUAAAAAGAAUUAAACAAUGUAAACAAACUAAUUUCCCAAAUGGAAUAUAUCCUGUUUACAUGUUUGCCUUAAUUCCAGACAAAGAUCAUAGUUCUGAUCAAUAAGGAAAUUAUUUCAUGAAUUUCAAAACAUGUGAAAGUUUUUAGAUUCUUUGCACUUUUAAUAAAGGUAGAAUGAAAUUA